AUGUUAAGACAAAUCGGAAGAUUAGUUAUCAACCAAAAUAAACCUACAUGUUAUAAACCAUUGUUUUGUCAAAAUGCAAGAGGGUUUCAUUCCACUUAUAUCGCCUAUAAUGCCGAUGUAAAAACAUUUGACAAAAUAUUGAUCGCAAAUCGUGGUGAAAUUGCUUGUCGUGUUAUUCGUACAGCUAAAAAAAUGGGAAUUAAAACUGUAGCCAUUUAUUCUGAUGCCGAUGCUCGUGGUUUACAUGUCGCUAUGGCCGAUGAAGCUGUUAAUGUGGGACCUCCUCCAUCAAAUCAAAGUUAUCUUAAUAUACCAAAUAUUAUUAAGGCUAUUCAAGAAACUGGUGCACAAGCUGUACAUCCUGGUUAUGGUUUUUUAUCAGAAAAUUCUCAUUUUGUAAAAAGUUUGGAUGAAAUUGGUAUCUCUUUUAUUGGUCCCGGCGAAGCUGCUAUGGCAUCGUUGGGUGAUAAGAUUCAAAGUAAAAUCAUUGCAAAAGAAUCCGGUGUUAAUAUCAUUCCUGGUUAUAAUGGUGUUGUAAAAGACACUGAUCAUGCUUUAGAAAUCGCAAAGUCCAUUGGAUAUCCUGUAAUGCUUAAGGCUUCAGCGGGUGGUGGAGGAAAAGGUAUGCGUAUUGCAUGGAAUGAUCAAGAAGUCAUUGAGGGAUUUAAACUGGCAUCACAAGAAUCUUUAUCAAGUUUUGGUGAUGAUCGAUUAUUAGUUGAAAAAUAUAUAGAUAAUCCUCGUCAUAUUGAAAUUCAACUUAUUGCUGAUAAAUUUGGAAAUGUAUUGUAUCUUCCGGAACGUGAAUGUUCAAUUCAAAGAAGAAAUCAAAAGGUUAUUGAAGAAGCUCCAAGCACUCAUUUAGAUUCUAUUACACGUAAAGCAAUGGGUGAACAAGCUGCUGCUCUCGCAAAACAUGUUGGUUAUGUAUCAGCUGGAACAGUUGAAUUUUUAGUAGAUACUCAACGUAAUUUUUAUUUUUUGGAAAUGAAUACACGACUUCAAGUUGAACAUCCUAUUACCGAAUAUAUUACAGGAAUGGAUUUGGUUGAGCAAAUGAUUCGUAUUGCAGCAAAUCAAAAAUUAUCUAUGAAACAGGAUGAUAUUAAAUUUCAUGGUUGGGCAGUAGAAUCUCGUAUAUAUGCCGAAGAUCCUGAAAAAUAUUUACCAUCUAUUGGACGUCUUAAUAAAUAUCGUGAACCUGUCAGUAUGACAGAUAAAAAUGAAGUUCGAUGUGAUUCUGGAGUUUUUGAAGGAAGUGAGAUUAGUAUUUACUAUGAUCCUUUAAUUUGUAAACUUUCUACUUAUGGUGAAACGAGAGAUGAGGCAAUUCAAAACAUGAAUAAAGCUUUGGAUUCUUAUGUUAUUAAAGUUAUUGGAAGCUCAAGAUUUCAAUCCGGAAACAUUUCUACAAAAUUCCUUGGUGAAGAAUAUCCAAAAGGUUUUAAAGGGCAUGCUCUUAAUAAAGAGUCAUUAUAUGAACUUGCAUCUGUAGCUGCUUUAGUACAUGUUAAGAAAGAUUUACGUAAUUGGCAUUGGUUAGAUGAUAAAAGUGCUUUAUUAAAAAAUGCAUUAAGUGAACGGAUUAAAACAGAAAACUAUCCGAACGCUAUAGUUAAAGCUGAUUGGGCUUUAGAAUCGUCUUUGAUAAAUUCACAGUUUCAAAUCGAAAAUGAUUUAGAAAAAACAAUUACUAUACAAUAUAUUGAUCCAUUACCAAUUGGUUUUCGUCUACAACAUCUUGGAACUAAAUUUGAUAUAACUGUACAUAGUCAAAAACAACAUGAAUUAAGUCAGUAUAUGCUUGAAAAACCAAAACAAGAUUUAUCUAAAGUUAUAUUAAGUCCUAUGCCUGGUAGUGUGAUAAGUAUAGAAGUCAAUGUGGGAGAUAUUGUAAAUGAAGGUGCAGAACUUGCUGUCGUUGAAGCUAUGAAAAUGCAAAAUGUAUUACGCGCUUCUCGUGUUGGUAAAGUAAAAAAGAUUUAUGUUAAACCCGGUGAUGCUGUUGCUGCAGAUGAAAUUAUGAUAGAAUUUGAAGAAUCUUCUUCUUAG